CGGCCCGUGGUCUCAGUUGUCUGCACAAGAGAACUCGGCCUACCUACUCUACCUACUUGUACCUUCUAGUGCACGUGUAUGUACCUAUCACAAGCAGCAACAUCACAUCCACCGUGCCGACUUCUACAUACGCGCCCCUCACCCAUCCCCAUAACCAUCACCAACCAUCACACCAACGAUGCCUCACGCCGCCUCCGCCAACCGCCCUCCGUCAACACCGGCAACAGUGUUCCUGACUCCGCUUAAGAACUGCCUGCUGAACCUCCCAGCCUCACUCGUCUCAGUGCUCGUCUCCCAGAACACCCCCGCCCAGAAUGUAGUCGUCGAGAUUACCUUCCGCGGCUCGACCAUGGGCAGCGCUUCGUCCUCGCAGCGCACAGCGUACGCGGGAUGGACGGGAAUGCAGAGCAAGCGGAAGCCGACGGCUGGCACGCCCAUGCGCGCCGGCGAGGACGCAGUAAUAGAGAUGGAUCCGGCAUUGGCAAAGAACAUAGGAGUGACAGAGGGGUCUAAGGUAUCCAUCCAGAUACACGUUGAUCCGCCGGCAGCGCACACCCUCCACAUUGAACCUCUCACGGCGAGCGAUUGGGAGAUCAUCGAAUUGCACGCGUCAUUCCUCGAGCUCAACUUGCUAUCCCAGAUCCGUUGUGUGACCACCGCCCACCCGCUCUCGGUGUACCUCUCGCCCACGUCGACCGCGUCUAUACGGCUGACGAAGGUGGAGCCCGAGUCCGCGCUGUCUGGCCCUAACGGCUUCGCCAAGAUCUCUCCCGACGCAGAAAUCAUUGUUGCGCCGAAGACCAGACAGCGGCGGCCUAGUAGGGGCGCAAAAUCGACUACGAGUACAGCUCGGACCUCUACGAGGAGAAGACCUGAAGGUGCCUCCGUGUCUACGGGAAAGACGGCGCUAUUCUUGAGGGGCGUGGUGCUGCCGACUGUGCGGCAUGUCCCAGUUGCGGACGAGGAGCCCGAUCAUGAGGAGGAGAAUGACGAAAUGAAUGGUGGGGGCCGUGGUUUCACGGUGUAUCUGGACCCCAGUGCGAUCGCAUCAAAGCAGCUGCGGAACACGUCGAAGGUUGUGGUGUCGAUUGUUCGGCCGCCGUCGCUGCUACCUCCGAAGGACCCUUCGCAGCAGCAACAGGAACAACAGGGCGACAAGGACAAGGACAAGAAAGAUUCCGAGAUUGCCGCGGCGACAAAGAUAGUAGCCAACGUCCGACCGUGGGAUUUUGCGCCGGAUGCGAAACAUGUAGCACUCUCCCGUCUUUUGGCAGCUUCCCUCCAUCUCUUCGAAGGAGAAGUCGGUCCCAUGGUGCGCCUUGAGGCCGCGCUGCAGCCGGUUCCUCACAAGAUACUCGCCAAGGUCAAGAUACAUCCGUUUACGAAGGGGGGCAAGGAGGACGGCGUGAGAUGGGGCGGAGGAACCAAACGAUUGGAGGAAAUGGCCAUCUCUCGAAUCCAGGACGUAUUGGGACCCAAACGGCUGCGGAACGGCACAAAUGCGAUGAUUGAGGAGGACUUGGCUUCUGUUUCUCCCGGCGAGGGUAUUCUAGAGGGCCCGCUUACCGAUGGUAUGGUGCUUCCGGCGAUCGAGGACUCGCCGAUUGCCUCCGGUGGAAUAAUCAAACUCGAGGUCACAACGAUCGAGGGAGCCGAUGCUUCUCAAGCACCGUUGUUGAAAUGGUUCAUGGCCGGUGACAAGAGACCUACUAUCGAGAUUGCCUCACAUAUCCCCAAACCACCGGCGCCAGCGGUUCCGGAGACAAUGUUUGUGCCGGAUGAAGAGGACGAAGUGGUUGGGGUAGAUGCUGUUCUCCAAUCGGUUACCGAGAACCUUCUUUCUGCGUCGUCGGUGCUUUUGGCUGGUGCUCACGGUUCUGGUAAAACCUCCGUCGUGCGGUUGAUUGCGAAGAGGUUGUCCGGCGCACCGCACUUUUACCGGGUAGUUGACCCUGGGACGCUCUCUAAACUCGCGGAUGAGCGAGUAGCUGUGGUUAAAGAGAAUCUCAUCCGGUGGUUGUCGGAGGCAACUUGGAUGGCAGGCAAAUCAUCUCGCAGUAUUCUACUCCUGGAUGAUCUGGACCGGUUAUGCGCCACUGAAUCCGAAAAUCAGGACAACUCGCGGGUUCGACAGCUCGCAGAAGUUGUUGUUUCCACUAUCAAGAAAUUUACAGCUGGCAAAUUGGUGGUUGUCCUCGGUAGUUGCCAGGCAAAGGAGAGUCUCCACAGUCAUCUGGUUAGCACCCAUGUUUUCCGGGAAACCAUCGCCCUGAAGGCCAUGACCAAGGAGGGUAGACGGACGGUACUGGAGGGAAUCGUAGCUACCCGUGGCGGCGUGCAUCCGAGUCUGGACUUCCGGUUGAUUUCAGCCAAAACCGAGGGAUACAUGCCAGGUGAUCUCGCGCUCCUUGUGGAUCGUGCUCGCCACGAAGCUGUAGUUCGACUGGUCGAUAGCUCCGACUCCACGGUCGUUAAUUCGCUGGUGCUGGGACCCGAGGACUUUGAUUCCGCACUAGCCGGCUUUGUCCCUGCUGGUCUCCGCGGUGUCAAACUACAGACCUCCGGAGCUGGCUGGAAAGACAUUGGAGGUCUGAAGGAAACACGAAAGAUCCUCCUUGAAACUCUCGAAUGGCCAACCAAAUACGCGCCGAUCUUCGCCUCCUGUCCCCUCCGCCUCCGUUCCGGUCUCCUACUCUACGGCUACCCGGGUUGUGGAAAGACUCUCCUUGCGUCCGCCGUCGCCGGCGAAUGCGGCCUGAACUUCAUCUCAGUCAAGGGUCCCGAGAUCCUCAACAAGUACAUCGGAGCCUCCGAAAAGUCCGUGCGUGACCUUUUCGAGCGCGCCUCGGGUGCAAAGCCGUGCGUGCUGUUCUUUGACGAAUUCGACUCGAUCGCUCCGAAGCGUGGACACGACUCUACGGGUGUUACCGACCGUGUGGUCAACCAGAUGUUGACGCAGAUGGACGGAGCCGAGGGAUUGGACGGCGUCUACGUCCUUGCCGCCACCAGCAGACCGGACUUGAUCGAUCCCGCGCUACUACGUCCCGGACGUCUGGAUAAAUCCUUGAUCUGCGAUCUCCCCAACGAAGAGGACAGACUCGACAUCAUCCAUGCGGUCGGUGGCAAGGUGCACUUCGAUACCGACGUGGAUUUGGCAGAAAUUGCGAAGAGGACGGAGGGAUACAGUGGGGCGGAUUUGCAGGCUGUUGUGUAUAAUGCCCAUCUUGAGGCGGUACAGGGUGUUAUCAGCGAGGAGAUCAAGAAGAAGGAAGCUAUGGAGGAGAAGCCGGCGGAUGAUGAAGAAGAUGUGGAGUUCUUGGAGUUUGUCUGGGGGGAUGCCAAAGGGAAGUCGAAGGGCCUCGACCGCAGGGCCAAAGGGAAAGAGAGGGGGUUGCUGGUUGAGAAGAUCCAAUCCCUUAAAUCCUCUAAAUCCGGUAAGAAGUUCACCGACAAACCAGCGGGCGGCGACGCAGAGGAAGGAAAGAAGGAGGAUAUCUUGAUCAAAUGGCACCAUGUCGAGACGUCGCUGCAGUCCACCCGACCCAGUAUCUCUCAGCAGGAGCAGAUCCGACUCAAGAAGAUUUACGACGAGUUUAUAGGCGCGCGCAACGGCGAGAUGCCAAGCGGACAGGGUAGCACCGAGGUCGGUGGGCGGAGCAGCUUGAUGUAAUUGAGUCACGAGCGGGAGCACAUACACAUUGUUUAUUUCGGCUUUUGUCCUUUUUAUCCUUUUUAUUUUACUUUGCGCGCAUUUAAUACCAUGUAU